CGUGCGAGCUAAGUUUGCAUCUUAAAAAACGCGCGGAGGCAUGGCCCACGCAACGCGCCAAGCCACCACAUCACGUUCGCGCCCAAGCGAGGGCGGCGACCGAUCGUCGACCAUGGCGCGCCGCCGCCUCGCCGCGGCGACGACGACCGUGCCGGCGAUCGGCGUCCUCAUCCUCCUCCUCGCAUUGGCGCCGUCGCCGGCGACGGCCACGGUGCCCGCCCGCCGCAGCGCCGUGUCCUACUACGCCUCGGUGGAGAACCGCCUCCCUGCCGCGGCCGGCAUGGAGCUCGUCUGCCGCGCGCUCGGCCCGGGAUUCGACGUCUACCCGGAGCUCAGCGUGGUGCCGCGCGGCCGCGUUCCCCGCGGCGGCGCGCGCGUCGCCGAGGUCCUCAUCGAGCCGGGGCCCGAGCGGGUCGCUUGGGUGCUCUGCAGCUGGGGCUACGAGGGGAACUACCUCGCCAACCUGAAGCUGUUCGACACCGAGUGGCCGGAGGCGGCGGCGUGCCAGGACCCGGCGGCGAGCGGCGGCGAGCUGUGCCGCCUCGUGUUCGAGGACGACGCGGUGUCCGUCGUGGCGCCCGGCGGCGAGCGGCGCGUCGUCGGCGACCUGCCGGUGAAGCGCUGCCGGCGACACUGGCUGCUGUUCAGCACCGGGUGCACGUACCCCGACCACCCAAACCCGUACGCCGGCCGGCUCCUCCGCAACGCCUUGGAGUUCUUCGCCGUCUGAAGAAUCUGACGGACUGAUCAGAUUUUUUUUUGUAAUAAAUUUCUGAUUAGUUUUGUUAGGAUUUAGAUCAGAAGCAUCCCAAGGUGUCGAUGUUUGCGAGAUAAAUCAACCAAUUUCGUAUGGAUUUUGGUGCCUUU